AACCAGUCUGUUACAAUUGACGCAGUAAAAGUAAUUAUUUUCGUACACGUUUUGUCGGCUACGAAAUCGGCGCGUACUUACUGUGCAUGCAAAGUGUUUUGUUUAAAUCGCGAAAUUGAAGAGAGACUUUCAACAAACUUGCUCAAGAUCGAAAGAAAUCCUCAAGAUAAAAAAUAAUCCUCGAGCGAGGUCCACGCGUGCAAUCAUCAGCUUCGAACGGCUAUCGGGUCCGUGCAAGGGACACACCGGAGGAAGAGGAUUUAGUGGAAGUCGGAAGGAAGGGAUCGGUGCGUGUAUGAUAUCGGAGUAAGGGCAGAGGUGAUCAGAGAGGAGAUAGAAAGAGAGAGUAGGACAACCGACAAACAAUAGACGCAUAAAAGCCGGUGCUCUCCCGAUGGGGUCGUAGUUACGGUGUAUUUGUAAUGUAUCUGACGAUGAUAGGCCAGUACGGCAGGAAGAGAUCGUCGUAGGGGGAUCGCCAUAGCUAAUCGUACCACCCAAGGUGGCACAGAUUGAGAGCUCUAUCAGCACACAUCCUCUUCUGGACUGGCAAGUACAUCCAGCAACGUUCGACGCAUGUGCUUGCUGCCUGAGAUUGCAUACCGACUUCCGGAUGUAAGCGGUGUCCUUUGGAACAGCGGAUAGAGCUACACUUUAAGGGGUUCAGAUCACCUGUGAUCAGCUUGAAAGACAUUUACAUUUCUAAGCGACAAAGACGCCUUUCUGUCGGUGAUCAUCGGAUCAACAGUUGCCGAUCCCUUUCGUGCCACUUGACCUCUCCUGCUCGUUCCACGCCGCCUUCCCUUCCUCGUCGGGGCGCGACGCACCAGCCGCUUCCGGUUCACCGGAAGUGAUACUCUGAGCGAACGGGUGACCAUCGUCUUUCAUCAGGACACGAGGACCGGGCAAACGCACGCCAGUUAUACGAUACGUACAUCAUGGAAGUUGCCACUGAAUUAUCUCCCUUAUCAGGAGCAGACCCCCAAUGCAAGAUUGUAGAACGAACGUCCUACUAUCCCCAGGAUCCAAACAAGAGGCCAAAAACUAAGAGAGAGAAGGUUCAGGCAUGUUUGAGGCACAACUCACUGACUAUGCUCACCGUUGGUGGUGUGGUCGGCGGUGUAAUCCUUGGUAUCAUCCUGAGAAACAUGCGGACACAAGGAUGGACAAAACGCGAGAUUAUGUACAUCAAUUACAUUGGAGAUCUGUUUCUGAGGAUGCUGAAGAGUUUGAUCUUGCCAUUGAUCAUAUCCAGUUUAGUCUCGGCUAUAGGAUCUCUUGAUUUAUCACUCAGUGGCAGGAUUGGUGCUCGUGCUAUCGUUUACUACAUGGUGACCACUAUUAGCGCUGUCAUUCUAGGAAUCAUUUUGGUAGUCACGAUACAGCCGGGGGUAGGAAACAACCCGGAUAUCAAAACGAAAGAACAUUCACAGAACGUGUCCACUGUUGAUACUUUGAUGGAUCUGGUGCGGAAUAUGUUUCCUCCGAAUCUAGUGGAGGCUUGUAUCUCUCAGCAUAGAACUGAAAUUCAGAAACCCCAAAACGCCAGUUCAGUUGACAUGGACAACUGGGAGCUAGUACAAAAGAGCGUCUCUGGGACCAACAUCAUGGGUUUAGUUGUCUUUGCUACAGUUCUAGGUAUCACCCUAGGAAAAAUGGAGCAACAAGGAAAACCACUGCUUCAUUUCUUUGAGUCACUAUCUAGUGCAAUGAUGUUGAUUACUCACUGGGUGAUUUGGUUGUCACCCAUAGGUGUCUUCUUCUUGGUAGGUGCAAAGAUUACAGAGAUGCAAUCAUUAGACGAAGUCGUUGCUCAGCUUGGAAUGUAUUUCCUCACCGUCUUGAUCGGUCUCUGCAUACACGGUUUCAUAGUUCUACCGAUUCUCUACUUUGUCUUAACGAAGAAGAAUCCAUACGUGUACAUAUCCAACAUGGCACAAGCGUUGGUCACUGCCUUCGGUACAUCAUCCAGUUCUGCUACCCUUCCAAUCGCUAUUAAUUGUCUGGAAGAGAGAAACAACAUUGAUCCUCGGAUUACCAGAUUCGUUUUGCCCAUUGGCGCUACCAUUAACAUGGAUGGCACUGCUCUAUACGAAGCUGUAGCUGCGAUUUUCAUUGCUCAAGUACGACAAGUUAGCCUCACCUUUGGUCAGCUGGUAGCAGUGAGUAUCACAGCAACUGCUGCAAGUAUUGGAGCAGCUGGAAUUCCUCAAGCAGGUCUUGUGACAAUGGUGAUGGUGCUGGAUACUGUUCGUCUCCCAGCUGAUGAUGUCUUCCUGGUUAUUGCUGUUGAUUGGUUGCUAGACCGCUUUAGAACAACGGUGAACGUGGUGGGUGAUUCACUCGGGGCUGGAAUCGUGAACCAUCUGAGUAGAAAUGAGCUUGCAUCGUUAUCACAUAACACGCAGACCCAGAAUGGUGCAGAUCAUCAUACAACAACAUCUAUAUGAGAUUGAGAUCGGUAUUAAUUGUUAGAAUUCACUUGUCACGAUAGCCGAAACGUUGCGCGUUCGCUUUCUUCUUCGACAGUUAAAUGUUACACAUUCCCAGGAUAACUUGAAAUUUAUUGAACGAAGACGAAACUCUGUAAGCAUAAUAAUAUAUUCAGCAGUAACGCUGGUACCUCGUGUAGCUACUCAAGAAGUGAUUUUGUUGAUUGUUUUACGAUGUUCUGAGGAAAGGAAUGUUUUAUAUUUAACUUAAUCUAAUUCCAGCUUCGUUCAAUUAGGAUAAAAAGCUAAUCGAAGGAUCUGAUCAUGUUUUAAUGGUCGUGUUCAGUUGGUUGUAUGAUAAGUUGCUAACUCUUAGAUUUGGUUUCCAAGUUUUGUUAAAUUUAUGAUAACAUUUCCAUAAAACACAAUUGUUGUCUGAAUCUUCUAAGUUUCAGUAUAGCUGGUUAAUUAGGAGGAAUUUUGAAAAUCUUCUAUUCUUGAAGUAACAUUACAUGUAUAAUGUUAUACGCCUUUACAUGUACAAUGAACAUAUUACUGCCCAAGUGUUCUAAUUUAUUCUAAAAGUGUUUUUUUAUCUUUUUUUUUAUCUUGUUAUUUUUGAAUUUAUUCAUGACGAAACAUCAUUCUCUUCUUGCGAACUUGAGGUAAAGAAAGGGAAGAGAUACUUUAAUCAAAGUUGCAAUGCAAAUAUUUGAUUCCAACAACAUUUUUUAAAUUAAAAUAACACACGAUUUCUAGUAAUAUACUUGAGAUGUGUACAAUCCAAUUGUACAUGGUUGAUUUAGGCACAAUAUUAGUACCAAUGAUAGCUGUGCAUACUAAACUAUGAUCCGUAUUUUAAUCUUUGUCUUCCAUUGCUACAGUAUGACCUAUGAUAGUAUAAUUUACUGUUAGUGCAAUAUAAUUCAGUUAACAUAAAUUGACAUAAGUAAAACUUAAUAAUAAAGCAUUUAGAGCCUAAAUUUUAGACCAGAAAGUUGUAAAGUCAUCUUCUAAUUAAUUUUUAAAUACAAAAUAAUUAUAAAUGUGUUCAAUUUUCAUUAGAUUUGUAUGCUUAUAAAGAGAUGCAGAAGAGAAGUUGUUUCAUGCUAGUAAUAUCUUGUAGAAAUUAUAAAAAUAUUAUGGUAUUUGAAAUACCUCACUGCACUAGACAGAAAGUGUUCAACUAAUAACUAGAAAGUAAAGAAAUGUAUUUUAUUACUCUCUAACAGAAAUACUAAACGAUUAUAUAUAUAUUCCUUUAUACAGUUACAUUGGUGCAUGCAGUGAAUGUAACUGGAUAGUCAAUUUGUAUUUUUAAUUUAUUUGCUAUAUUACACUUUAUAUAGGUAUAACUUAAGUUAAUUAAGUUGAAAGAUAAUUAAGUACUAUAUUACAUUUACUUUGCAGUAACAUUGACAUAUUCUUUUUAAUUCUUUUUUAAAAACAUUUAUGAGACUUCACUGCAGAAGAAAAUUGAACAAUUGUAUACUUAUGUAUACAAAUACGAAAACAAUACAAAAUAAUAAUUAAUAUUCAGAGCUUGUACACACAUAUAAUAAUUGAAUAAAGUUUUAGGAAAAUUUUGA